CAUUCGCACAGUCGUAGUAAAGUUCCUGCUCAAAGACGAGCAGUGAAUCACGUCUAGCUGUGCCUGCUUGCUAUAGUUUCUCUUUCACUUUCAUUAUUCAGUUCGUAUGUCAGCUGUGUAAUGGUUACAAGAAGAACAAAUUGAUCGGUCUAAACCCGGAGAUAUUAUGACAUUUCCAUAAGCAGCAUGUGAAUUUGACAAAGGCUACAUUGUGCAACAUGUGGAAUUGAUUACGGAAUCGAACACUAGCAAGCGACGAUAUCGUGAAUCGUAUUGAUCUACUUUCACAACAAAAGCAGCAACUCCUCAGUGGGCUAUCGAGUAUCGACAAUACAUUCACAUAUCUGUAGGUGCGCGGUACCCGAAGAGCUGUGGAGCGCAAAAAACCGGCCACAGAAUGGGUAUAAUCGUGAAAUUAUUGCGUAAUAUGAAAAUUCCGCGCUGGUCCACUCUCCUGCCAGUGCUCUUCUACCUAGUUUUUAUAACCUGUAUUUUGAUGCUGGCUUUCCCUACGAAUUCAACUACUGGAGCGGAGAGGAAGAGAAGCAAUAUUGAUGCGGCAGAGAAUGUGGAUGGCGCAAAUUCUGUGAUAUACAACGUGGACGAAAGUGCAAUGCAACAACUAACUGACGCUUUUAACAAGGCAGAUACCAAUAAGGAUAAACACCUAACUGUGCAAGAACUUGCCAAAUACAUUAAUUUUAAAAUAAGGGACCAUAUAGACAAUGCAAUACGUACCAAUCCCUCCACUUUCGUGGAGAUAGACCACAAGCCCCGUGACGGAUUAGUCAGUUGGGAUGAAUAUCAAUCGUAUUCACUUGGACAGAAAGGAAUUGCAGAGACUUACAUGAACAAAAAUCUGUUUGACACUCUAGAUCGAAAAGUGAAAGAAUCAAUUGCUAGAGACAAAGCUCUCUGGAUGGAAGCAGCUCGAACCGAUCCUGUGAGUCUGACACUGGAUGAAUUCCUGUCUUUUCGUCAUCCUGAAUCUAGCACUGUCAACCUACUGAAUUUGGUAGAUGACAUCCUUCGACAAUUCGACAUCGAUGGAGAUGACAAACUAACGAUUGCAGAAUUUUCCGACGUCCUGCCGAAUGAAGUGGCUGAUCCUAGCAGCAAGAAAAUUAUUCUUUCACAAACCGAACGAGAACGAAAGGAGGAAUUUACGAAAAUUAUCGACAAAAACAAAGACGGCAAAGCAGAUCGAGGUGAACUAUUGUCCUACGUAGAUCCACGCCAUCCAAGAUAUGCUAUCCAGGAAGCUUCAACGCUGCUUACGCUAGCUGACCAAAACAGCGACAGGAAGCUCACUCUUCACGAGAUCUUUGCUAAAUCAUCAAUAUUCAUUUCUUCGAAGAUGGUCAACACUGCUGAGAGUUUUCAUGACGAGUUUUAGGUUAAGUGAUCUGUAGAAACCAAUUGUGAUAAAUAGUAUGUUAUAAUAAUCCUGUACAUGGCAGUAAUAUAAUUAAUAAACA